UACCCUUGUUAAAAGAAACAAAAUUCCAUUUUUUGUUCGAAUGAAUUUGGAUAUGAACACCGCAAUUCCAAGUUAACCACCAGGUUACACCAAAGCACCGAUCGUUUUGAAUUUUGAUCGAUCGACUCAUCAAAACGAAUUAUUGCAGAAAGUGUUGAGUUUUGGGGCGAAAAUGGUGGUUAGGAUUCGACUAUCACGUUUAGGUUGCAAAAACAAACCAUUCUACCGUUUAAUGGCCGCCGAUAGCCGAUCUCCAAGAGACGGAAAACACCUCGAAGUUCUCGGUUACUAUAACCCCUUACCUGUUCAAGACGGUGGCAAAAGAAUGGGUAUCAAUUUUGAUCGAGUCAAGUAUUGGCUUUCUGUUGGAGCUCAACCGUCGAAUCCGGUUGAGCGUCUUUUGUUUCGAGCAGGGUUACUUCCACCACCUCCGACUGUGGCUAUGGGGUGGAAAGGUGGGCCCCGCGACACUCGUCCUGUUGAUGGUUUAACUGGACGUGUACGCGACAAUGUCACUGCUGCAGUAACUGAAAACCAUUGAAAUUGUAUGUUUUUUCAUUGCUGAGGAAUGUUAUGCUGUUAUAUGUUUACUUGUAGUUGAAGCUAUUGAUUUUAAUUGAUAGAUAUUGUUGCUGUUGAAUUAUGUUUUGUUAAUUCUAAUGCAGCAUUUUGAAAUAUUAUCCUUUUUCUAUGCCAAUUAGUUCAUAUUUUGAAUAAUAGUGCAUGUUCCUUGUAUUUUAUUUUGUCAAUUUUUGUGUGUGCGUGUUGAGAAUCA